UCUACGCUUUAGACAACUGUCCCAAAGACUUCCUUCCCUGUUCUCUGGUCGUUCCAACAGCCGAACAGCUGUGUAUAGGUGUAUAACGUGACCGUCCAUGAACGCUGCCUCUCAUCCGACGACCGUGCGAUGCUAACGGUGGUGUACGAACAAAAUUUUAAUAUAUUUAAUGAAUUAUCUAGUUAAAUAAUUAUUUAAAUGGGGCCGGAGUGACGCCUCCGCUUCAUUUCCGAACCAAGUCUGAACUCUAUUAUUCCCUCCCGCGCUUUCUAACCUACACACGACCUCAUCUCCCUCUCCCUCCUCCUCCUCGUCCACGGAUCCCAGACCCCGAUCCGCCCCAUACCUAUCAGCCAUCCCCCGCCACCACCUUGGGCGCCGUCGGAUCCCCUUCUUCCCGCUUCUUCCGCCGCUGGAAUCGGGCCAAGAACCAGGGUUUGGCCUCGGAUUCUUUCUUGGAGGACGACCGGGGGUUCCUUUUGUGAUUUGGUUUGUUUUGUGCUGGGAGGUCGAUGUCUGCCGGCCGAGCAGCUGGAAGCCGCACGCCGCAGCUGCCGAAGCGGUACCUUCCGUUCCCCUAUGCAACGCUACCGUUUUUUGCUACAGAUGAAUACCACCGGCUCCCGGCCCCCGAUGGGCGUCGGAUCACCGGGGAUGAGCUGGCCGAUGCCCUAGUUAUUAAGACGCCUUGAACAAGAAGAUGAUGAGGCUGCAGAGUCAAGUGAGUGGAUGACGAAUCCUUUUAAUGCUGAAAGACAUAAUAAUCUUUUCUCACACCAAAAUCAGGAAACAGAAGAAAGAAAGCUGGCAGAUCCAAGGUUGCGAAGUACAAGAAGUCUUUACCCUCAAGCCCCUAUGUCAAACCAUGGUUCACCUUCAUGCAACACCUUGACUUCAGUUGGUACUUGCCAUUAUGACAGCUCUCUAGGACUCCUGACCAAAAAGUUCAUCAAUUUGCUUAAACAUGCAGAGGACAGCAUCCUUGAUUUGAAUAAUGUUGCGGAAACACUUGAGGUACUGCAGAUGCUUAAUAACGUGGCUAAUGUCCUUGUAGGGAUUGGACUUAUAGAAAAGAAACUCAAGAACAAAAUUCAUUGGAAGGGACAAGAGUCACAAGACAACACAAGACCAGGAGAAGUUGAUACUGAUAUCUCAGUACUACAGGUGGAUGUUGAAAAAUUUGCCCUGCAAGAGUGCGGUUUUGAUGAUUGUAUCAGAUGCGUUGAAACACUUUCUUCACAGCAAAUUUGUGAAAGACUGAGGGUCCUUAUUGAAGAUGAAAUCAAUCAAAAGUUGGUAUAUGUGACUGAAGAUGACAUCAAAGCUCCACCAUGCUUUCAGGAUGAAACAUUAAUAGCAGUAAAAGCACCUCAUAGUACUACCCUGGAAGUUCCAGACCCUGAUGAGGUGAGUAAUUAUCUGCAGAGAUACAUGAUUGUCCUAAGAAGCACAAUGGGCCCGAUAGAUGUUUAACUUGUUAGUCAAUUUGAGGUGAGUGGUGUUGAGCCAUCUCGAAGGCUCGUUUCUGGGAACUCUGGCGAACUCAGGGUCUGUUGCGAACCCAUGCUGGCAGAGUUACAACGGAAGAGAGCAGAGGGUUAAUCAAGAUAGUGACAUAAGUUCCUCGCAGGAUUUUGGCGGUGGUAUUAUGAAGAUAGUUCCCUCAGAUUUUGAUGUAAGUACAGUUUUUGGUUAUGGAGAUAUUAAGCCAUUAUAUCUGCAUAUGCAACUCAUCUCUGUGGUCUGCAUCAUGGACAUCACAAUAGACCAUUCAAUUAGGAUCCCUUCUACAGUAUAUGUAAUGACUAGCAAUUUAAAUAUAGUUUGA